UUUCUAAAGCAGUGGAGAAGCCUAAGUUAUUAUCAAGGCUACACAGCAUCCAUUUGGGAGUCAUCCAUAAUUCAGCCCUCUGUCAUCAGGAUCUUCCACUUCAGCGUGAUGAUACUGCCAAAAAAGAUGAAGCCACUGCUGUUUCUGAUUUCCCAGAUGGCCAUCUUUGCUCUAUUCCUCCACCUGUAUGGCCACAACUCCAACUCCCCAUCCACCACAGAGGAGCCCAAGCCCAUGCAUGUGCUGGUCCUGUCUUCCUGGCGCUCUGGCUCUUCUUUUGUGGGACAGCUUUUUGGGCAGCAUCCAGAUGUCUUCUACCUGAUGGAGCCUGCCUGGCACAUCUGGAUGACCUUCACACACAGCACUGCCUGGAGGCUGCAGAUGGCAGUGAGGGAUCUGAUACGUGCCAUUUUCCUGUGUGACAUGAGUGUCUUUGACGCCUACAUGAAACCUGGUCCUCGAAGACAGUCCAGCCUCUUCCAGUGGGAGAACAGCCGGGCCCUGUGUUCCCCACCUGCCUGCAACAUCUUCUCCCGGGAUAUGAUCAUACCCCGGGCUCACUGUAAGCUUCUGUGCAGUCAACAGCCCUUUGAGGUGGUAGAGAAGGCCUGUCGUUCCUACAGCCAUGUGGUGCUCAAGGAGGUACGCUUUUUCAACCUGCAGAUGCUCUACCCGCUGCUGAGAGACCCUUCCCUCAAUCUGCGUAUCGUGCACUUGGUACGUGACCCUCGGGCAGUGUUCCGUUCUCGAGAACACACCACAGAGGAACUCAUGAUCGACAGCCGCAUUGUGUUGGGGCAGCAUUGGGAGAAACUCAAGAAGGAGGAUCAGCCCUACUAUAUGAUGCAGGUCAUCUGCCAAAGCCAGCUGGAGAUCUAUAAGGCUGUGCAGUCCUUGCCCAAAGCGCUGAGGGAACGCUACAUGCUCAUACGCUAUGAGGACCUGGUCCGGAACCCCAUUGCCCGGACUGCACAAAUAUAUGAAUAUGUGAGAUUGAAAUUCUUGCCUCAUCUCCAGACCUGGGUGUACAACAUCACUCGAGGUGAGGGCAUGGGUAAUCAUGCCUUCCACACUAAUGCCAGGAAUGCUCUCAACGUCUCCCAGGCCUGGCGCUGGACUUUGCCUUACGAAAAGGUUUCUCGACUUCAGAAAGUCUGCAGUGAUACCAUGACUUUGCUGGGCUACCAGCUUGUUAGAUCAGAGCAAGAGCAGAGAAACCUGUCACUGGAUCUUCUGUCUACAUAGACUACCUCCAAGUAAGUCUACCAAGAGGGUUGAAGAGGCUGUGUGUCCCCACUUGGCACCAGCCUUGGCCACAUUAACAAAGGCUUCUUAGUCUUAAUUACAUCUCUUUUGGUGUACAUGUGAGCAUGAGUUGUGCCUAUACGUGCUCAAGCUGAGAAAUCUUCAUGUCUCCACUCAGGCCUAGAAGAGAUUCAGAAACGUAUACGAGCAGCAUGUUCCACCACCUAAAAAGGAGUAUUGCCUUUCUUCUCUUCUUGGUCUUCCCAUCUGCAUGUACCUCAAAGACUUUGUGGCCUGGGGUCCUAAUUGGCACCACACAGUAUCAGUGGGAUAAAUCCAUAAACUUCUCUAUCCACAUCUUGCCCAGUAGGAAAGGAGAGAGACAGGAAAUGGGUCUUCUGCCAAAGAGCCCACCAGCACAUUCCACAGGGAUAUGAACUUUGAGCCCAUGGAGCUCCUGGUGGAUUCACAAAGGGAACAGAGAAAAGAGUUGGAUGCUUAUGGUGGGCUUGGCCAUUACAGUUAUCAGUUAUCACAAAUACAAAAUGAGAUCUCCGCAUAA